UUCUUGAAUGAACAAGAGCAGAGGAAUGUGCAGCUGAAAAAGUUGCUGGCUGCCGUAGCACACUUCAGGCAGAAAGGGGACUACAACAAGGAAUUAGAAGCCAGAGCCCUGCAGCUGCACUCUGCGUGGGAGGAGUGUCGCGAGGGGGCGAUGCAACGCAAGCGGCAGCUGGAGGGGAUGCUUGCGGACGGACGGGGCUUCGACGAGCGACGCAGAGAAGUUGAGGGAUGGCUCAACAGGUUGCAGGGGCGGCUGGAGAGAAUGCCGCCCGUUGGCCAGACCCUCGACAUCCUUGAAGCUCAACUCAAAGAGCAAAAGGUACUUCAGGCAGAGGUGGGCCAGUGGAAGGGCUCUGUAGAAGGUGUGACUAGAACCGCACACAAGAUCGCAGCGGACUGCCCCCACGACGAUGCCAACAGACUAAGAGCCAUCGCCGAUCGCAUCAAUCAACGAUACACAGAGCUUGCCAUCAGUGUGCAAAGUCGAGGCAAGGCGCUUUUAAAUGCUCUGAACAGUCUUCAACAGCUGGACAAGGCACUUGACCGCUUCCUCGCUUGGCUUUCUGAAACUGAAUCUGCCCUAGAACUGCUGGAGGCUGAAGAAGAGAAGUAUGGACCACGGGAUGACUUCCAUCGGACCAACCAUGGAUAUCAAGAUCAGAUCCGAGACUUGCAGCGGGAAAUUGAAUCACAGAGGGACCUCCACCAGACUUUGAGUGAACGCAGCAGCCAUUUGUUGCAAAGCCUUGAAAGUCAAGAUGAUGCUUUGUUGCUGGGGCGAAAGCUCCAAGAAAUGAAUCAUAGGUGGAAUGCUCUCAGGCUAAAAACUGUGUCACUGAGGAAUCGUCUGGAGAGCAGUGCAGAUCAAUGGAAUCAAUUGCUUCUCUCUUUGCGAGAGCUCACUGAAUGGGUUAUCAAAAAAGAAACAGAACUAUCUGCUCAGCCUGCUAUAGGAGGAGAUGUUGCUUGUAUAGUCAAACAGCAAGACGAGCACAGAGCAUUUAGACGACAGUUAGAUGACAAAAGACCUGUGGUGGAGAGUAGUUUGCUUGCUGGAAGGCAUUAUGUUGCCAAAGAACCUCCACUCUCUGAUACCAGUGAUUCAGAAGCCAAGGAGUUUGAAGGAGAUAGUAGAGGGUACAGAAGUGCUGAGGAACAGGCGCGUGAAAUUACUCGAAGCAUUCGGAGGGAAGUCAAAAAACUGUCGGACAAAUGGAAUGGACUUCUAUCUCGAACAGAACAGAGGCAGAAGAGGCUUGAUGAUGUUCUUGUUAAAAUGCAAACUUUACAAAGAGCUAUGGAUGACUUGAACACUAGGCUCCAUUCUGCUGAGACUGCAAAAUCAAAAUGGCCUCCUGUAUCUGAAUUUGUUCUUGACCAACUUCCAGAACAAGUGGAUGAACUCAAAGCUUUCAAGGAUCGCACAGCACCUCUUCAGAUGCAUGUCGAUGAAGUAAACGAGGCAGCCGCUAGAAUUACCGGUUGCAAUGUCCUGCUCUCACAUUCCAACCUCAACAGGCUUGAGGAGUUGAAUACUCGAUGGAAAGUUUUACAAAUGGCUGUGGAUGACCGACGUAAACAGCUGGAGCAUUGUUUGCUCGAUCAAGGCUCCGCUCAGCAGCAAUUCCUUAGUGCAUCUGUUAGUCAUCCAUGGGAAAGAGCAGUAGCAGGAAACAAAGUGCCUUAUUAUGUAAACCAUCUAACUGAAACUACUCACUGGGACCAUCCAAAAAUGAUUGAAUUGAUGGAUUCCUUAGCUGAACUGAAUGAUAUCAGGUAUUCAGCAUAUAGGACAGCCAUGAAACUUCGCACUGUUCAAAAGAAAGUGUGUUUGGACUUGGUGAACAUGAAUAAUGCCAUCAAUGCUUUUGAUCAGCAUGGUUUGAGGGCACAAAAUGAUAAACUAAUCAGUGUUCCAGAGAUGGUCACUUGUCUUUCAUCCAUUUAUGAAGGAAUCGCCACAGAAAACAAUUCCCUUAUCAAUAUUCCUUUGUCUUUGGACUUAUGUCUCAACUGGUUGCUCAAUUUGUAUGAUACUGUUACUAGAACUGGUUACAUACGUAUCUUGUCCUUCAAAGUAGGAAUCAUUUUACUAAGUAGAGGAAGUUUAGAAGACAAAUUUAGAUAUUUAUUUUGCCUGAUUGCUGAUGUAAAUGGUUGUGCUGAUGAAAGGAAAUUGGGUCUAUUAUUACAUGAUUGUGUGCAAAUCCCUCGUUUGCUGGGUGAAAUAGCAGCAUUUGGGGGCAGCAAUAUUGAACCUAGUGUGAGAAGCUGUUUUGAAAAGGCUGGUAAUGCAAAAGAUAUUCAAGCGAGCCAUUUUCUCACUUGGUUGCAGCAAGAACCACAGUCUUUGGUUUGGCUUCCAGUCUUGCAUCGUAUGGCUGCAGCUGAAACAGCUAAACAUCAAGCCAAAUGCAAUAUAUGUAAACAGUAUCCUAUUGUUGGUUUUAGGUAUCGUUGCUUGAAGUGUUUCAACUUUGAUUUGUGUCAAAGUUGUUUCUUCUCCGGACGUAAAGCAAAAAAUCAUAAAUUAACUCAUCCUAUGCAGGAAUAUUGCACAGCUACUACGUCCGGGGAAGAUGUCAGAGACUUUACUAAAAUUAUGAAAAAUAAAUUCAAGUCAAAAAGGUAUUUCAAAAAGCAUCAAAGGCUAGGCUAUCUUCCAGUUCAAACAGUUUUAGAAGGUGAUGAUCUAGAAAGUCCUGCACCAUCUCCACAGCAUACACUUUCUUCACAAGAAAUGCACUCAAGGCUUGAAUUAUAUGCUAGCAGGCUAGCAGAAGUUGAACUAAGAGCCAGAAGUAAUUCAACUCCUGAUUCAAGUGAGGAUGAACAUCAACUAAUAGCACAAUAUUGCCAAACCUUGAGUGGAGAAUUAGCAUUACCAGUGCCAAGAAGUCCAGCCCAAAUAAUGGCUUCAAUUGACGCUGAGCAAAGAGAAGAACUAGAAGCAAUGAUACAUGAGCUAGAGGAAGAGAAUAGGCACCUUCAGGGUGAGUAUGAGAGGCUGAGAGGGUGCCGUGGUAGUCGCAGCGUGUCUCCAACCGUAACUGAAGAAGAAGACGAACAAGUUCCUCCUACCCCAUGUAGAGAUGAAGAAAUGCUGGCUGAAGCAAAGUUGUUGCGGCAGCACAAAGGACGCUUGGAAGCACGAAUGCAGAUCCUCGAAGACCAUAACAGGCAGUUGGAAGCACAACUGCAUCGUCUCAGGCAGCUUUUGGAUGAGCCUCAGCCUGUUCCAGUUCGAAGUAACCCUCAAAAUAAUGGCUUUGGGACCCCUCAAGCAUCUUGGAAUAGGACGGUCAUUGUAGAACAGGUACCUAGGAGAAAUGGACAUAUUUCUGAUCAUGGAGAAUUGGCCAGUAUUACCAAGUCCAGCUAUGGUGAAUAUCUCAGCAUGUAGAAGUUCAGGUUCAGCCCGUGUGAAUAACUUGCUGCAUAUGGCUGGAAAUCUGGGAAAAGCCGUGGGCACCCUAGUCACAGUCAUGACGGAUGACGAAGAGGCCAGCGGUUCCGAUGAUGACCUCAAACAAUGACCCUGCAUUUAAUU